GAGAGAUACACCGUUAUAUUUGUGUACGACACUUUACGGUUAACGAUCGAUAAUCUGUAAAUAAACUACCCAGCUCACAUCAGUCAGAUUACUUCAGAUUAAAAAUACAAAUGAAGAAAUUUAUAACCUCAACCGCAUAUUAAGUAAACGUAAUGAUCAGGAACCUGAUAAGAUGCAAAAGAGUGACCAAAGAAGACUAUGAAAAAGUGAUAUCUAUAUUUCCACCAUCUGAGAUUUAUAAUGGCGGUGAUUAUCUUCCUGAUUAUUUCCAUAUGCUGAUUGAUAUGCCAAACAACGAGAUGUAUGCUGCUGUCAUUGGAGAUAAAUUUGUAGGAUUCACUUUGAUGACAUCUGUUGAUGACAGGAGCAGUAUAGUUACUAGGGCAGGGAGAGUUUCAAAAGAAUACGCUGGCAAUGGCAUUGCUGGAAUGAUGUUAAAAUGGAUGGACAAAGGCAGUCCUCUUUACCGUCCAGAAGUCUUGUGGCAUAAAACUAUAGGAAAUACAACCCAUUCACCGUUACCUCAAUUGAUAAACAAAGGAAUAUACAAAAAAAUCGUAGAACAAGAUCUAAGAUUUUACGACACACACAAAGGGACACUACAAAAUAAGUACAAUGUCAUAAUCAAUUCGAAUGCAAAUUCAUCAUUUAAAGCUGAAAGUAUUGAUGAAAAGGUGCUUGGUGAAAUUCUAGCAUCAACUGACCAUAAACCGUACUUAUUCCCUGAGAAUGAAAUAGUUUCUGAUGACGUACCAUACAGGGCUAUUAAAUAUAAUGCUCCUCUAAUUGUUUCAAAACGAACUACAGUUGUGGUGUCUGACUUGAAUUGUCCACAAAGAACUUUACUUUCAAUAAGUAAUUUCUGGCAGGCACCAAUUGGAAUGGUUUUAAAUUUUAACGUGUAUGGCUGUUUGUCUGAGAAUUCUAAAGAGCACCUCAUUUUACACUUCGCAAAGUUUCUUGAUCGACCAAUGAGUGAAUAUAUAUUACUUCGUGCUAUAUCAAGCCAUGGAACUAGUUGGACAUUUUUGGAAAAAGUCUUGGAACAAUUUGAUUUCAAAAGAACCGAAUUUUAUGGGAAAGGUUUAGUAAGUGUCAGACGAAAAAUAAUAAGCUAACUGU